CCUCUCGGGGGAUUUAUAAAAACCUUGGGAGCUCUUUUUCUUACCGGAAGCUGCCUUCGUGCAGUACAGAGAACUGCUACACUCUUAUACAGCAAGAAAGAAUAAUGCUUUGAAAUUCAUUCGGGUAUUGAAUUCCAAAGUUUGAAAUUUGAGUGUUCGGUUUGUGAAAAGGCGGGGCGACAAUACGAAAGAUGAGGUUCCCAGUGUUCCUUGCGUUGCUGGGCCUCGUCGCAGUCGCUUUAUUCGUCGAUUUCACGAAGGCGUCGGACGAAGAUGACGACGACGACGAUGAUUUGGGAGACGGAGAUCUUUCCCUCAUGCCCAAGAAGAAGAAGUCGAAAGACCCUCUCUUGAAUCAACUCAUGGAGUCUGAAAUGAACGCCAUGCCCAAGGACACCAUGUUACCAUUGGAUGGUCUAGUGCCUUCUGCUGAUAAUGGUCUCCUGCCCGAAGAUGGUCCACUGCCCGGAAAUGGUUUAGUGCCAUCAGCAGGAACUGCUGGUUAUUUACGAUCAGGAAAUGAUGGUCUCCAGGAUGCGAGCGGUAUCAUGCCGGCGGAUGGCAACGCUGGAAUGGACUUCAAUCCCGACCCGGACUCGGAACACGCCAUUGUCAAACGAUCCAGUAAACGGAAACGGAAGAUGAGUCGCCGUCAACGUCGCAGGAGGCGUCUUCGCAAGCGUCGCAGGAAGAUCAAGAAGGCUCGCAAGGCUUACAAGAAGGCACUGAAAAAGGCACAAAAGGCCAGGAAGAAGCUUUUUCGCGCUGAUCCCAGGGAAAGACUCAAGGCCCGUCUGAAGAUUCACCAGUUGAGAAUGCGCAUGACCGGGCGAGCGGGCCAGCAGCAGCAGCAGGUUUUCCGACGCGGAGGGCGGCUUUUUCGGCGCCCCGCGAGUGGCGGGUUCUUCCGCCGCGGCGGCCGACUGUACAGAGGA